GCGGGCGGGCGCCGUGAGCGGAGCGGAUCGGCGCGAACAUGGCGACGGUGCCCGUCUAUUGCAUCUGCCGGCUGCCCUACGACGUGACCCGCUUCAUGAUCGAGUGCGACGCCUGCAAGGACUGGUUCCACGGCAGUUGUGUUGGUGUGGAAGAGGAAGAGGCGCCAGAUAUCGACAUCUAUCACUGCCCAAAUUGUGAGAAAACCCACGGAAAGUCGACCUUGAAAAAGAAAAGAAAUUGGCAUAAGCAUGAUACUGGCCAGACAACAGAGGUGAAGCCUGUGCAGAACGGGAGCCAGGUCUUUAUAAAAGAGCUCCGAAGUCGGACGUUUCCCAGCGCUGAAGAUAUUGUCGUGAAGGUCCCAGGCAGCCAGCUAACACCAGAGUAUUUGGAAGAGAAUGGCUUUGCAGAGCCCAUCCUGGUGCCCAAGAAGGACGGGCUGGGCCUGGCCGUGCCCGCUCCCACCUUCUACGUCAGCGACGUCGAAAACUACGUCGGCCCAGAGCGGAGUGUUGAUGUCACUGAUGUCACCAAGCAGAAGGACUGCAAGAUGAAACUCAAGGAAUUUGUGGAUUACUAUUACAGCACAAACAGGAAAAGAGUCCUUAAUGUCAUCAACCUGGAGUUCUCUGACACCAGGAUGUCCAGUUUUGUAGAGCCUCCUGACAUUGUAAAGAAGCUGUCCUGGGUGGAAAACUAUUGGCCUGAUGAUGCUCUGCUGGCUAAACCCAAAGUGACCAAGUACUGCCUGAUCUGUGUGAAGGACAGUUACACCGACUUCCACAUAGACUCUGGCGGAGCCUCUGCCUGGUACCACGUGCUCAAGGGAGAAAAGAUAUUUUAUCUCAUCAAACCAGCCCCUGCAAAUAUUUCUCUGUAUGAACGCUGGCAGUCAGCAGCAAACCACAGUGAGAUGUUUUUUGCAGACCAAGUGGAUAAAUGUUACAAAUGCACCGUUAAACAAGGCCAGACACUCUUCAUCCCAUCAGGUUGGAUUUAUGCAACUCUGACACCUGUAGACUGCCUGGCCUUCGCAGGACAUUUUCUACACAGUCUAAGCGUUGAAAUGCAGAUGAGGGCAUAUGAAGUAGAAAGACGAUUGAAAAUUGUCAGUCUGACCCAGUUUCCAAACUUUGAAACAGCGUGUUGGUACACGGGGAGGCAUCUACUAGAGAAAUUCAAAGGUUUGCAUAAAGCUGGACAGCAGCCUCCUGCUCAUCUACUCCAAGGAGCAAAGAUUCUCAACGGUGCUUUCAGGUCAUGGACUAAAAAACAGGCUUUAGCAGAGCAUGAAGAUGAACUACCAGAAAACUUCAAACCAGCACAACUCAUCAAGGACCUUGCCAAAGAAAUAAGAUUAAGUGAGAACGCUUCGAAAGCCAGCAAAGCAGACAUGAGUGCCAACACCACCACCGAGGAGACCUGUCCUGUGGAGAAGGAGGAGGCACCUUCACCUGUCCAAGUGACGCCUCCGCCCCCUCCCGCAGAAAAGCUCCCUAAAAAAAAGACUCCCAAAACUGUGAAAACCCCCAAACAACUCAAGCCAUCCAAACCCCCCAAACCUCCCAAGCCCCCUAAGCCCCCAAAGCCUCCCAAAACACCGAAAGUGAAGGGAGAAGGCAAAAAGAAAGGAAAGAAGGCAAAGGAGAGUCCCCCACCAGCCAUCCCCAACCUCGACUUGCUGGAGGCACACACCAAGGAGGCUCUGACCAAGAUCGAGACGCCAAAGAAGGGGAAGGCUGCAAAGAAUGUUCUAAGUGUUCCCAAUAAGGAAUCUGCAAGCAAGCAGAAUGAGGUGGAGAAAUUUGAAGUCCGAGAGCAAAAUAAAAGCAAAACAGAAGCCAAAUGGAAAUAUAAGAACAGUAAACCUGAUUCACUUCUGAAAAUGGAAGAGGAACACAAAUCAGAAAAGACACCUUUAUCAGGAAAUAAGGACAACAAAUUUACAUUCUCUUUCUCUAAUAAGAAGUUGCUUGGUUCAAAGGGAGUCAAAACCCAGCUGAAUACUAGUGUGUUUGGGUCACUGCAGAAUUUUAAGGAAGACAAAGCCAAACCUGUACGGGAUGAAUAUGAAUAUGUGUCAGAUGAUGGUGAACUAAAAAUUGAUGAGUUUCCAAUCAGAAGGAAGAAAAACACUUCAAAAAGAGAACUGCCCUUUUUAUCAGAUAAAAAAGACACCCUGCAGCACACUCCUGUUAAGAAGCCAAAGGUGGAGUCGGUACCAUACAAGAGCGAGGACUCGUCAGAUGAAGAUUUGCUUCACAUUGACACCGAGGCAAAGCCGGGACGUAAUUCCAAAGUAAAGAAAGAGAGUGGAAGUUCAGCAGGAAUUCUUGACCUUUUGCAGGCAAGCAAGGAAGUUGGGGGUUUAGAGUAUAACACCAACAGCCAGCCACCUGCUUCCCCCAGCACCCAGGAAGCCAUCCAGGGCAUGCUCUCCAUGGCAAACCUCCAGGCCUCGGAGUCCUGCCUUCAGACGUCGUGGGGCACCAACCAGGCGAAGAACAACUCCAUCUCCACGCAAAACUCCAAAAAAACAGGCGGUGGCGGCAACAAAAACGCCGGGAAGCGGUUACUGAAGAAAAGCACAAAGAACAGCAUCGACAUGGAGGAUUAUGAUGAGGAUCAGGACCACUUGGACGCCUGCUUUAAGGACUCGGAUUACGUUUACCCUUCUCUCGAAUCAGAUGAAGAUAAUCCAGUUUUCAAAUCCCGAUCAAAGAAAAGGAAAAGUUCAGAUGAUGCCCCUUACAGUCCGACGGCACGAGUUGGCCCCUCAGUGCCUCGACAGGACAGGCCGGUGCGAGAGGGCACGAGAGUCGCCUCCAUCGAAACCGGACUCGCCGCUGCCGCCGCCAAGUUGUCACAGCAGGAGGAACAAAAAGGCAAGAAGAAAAAAAAUACCAAAAAGAAGCUGUCAGCCCCCAACGCAAGCAAAGCGGCUCAGGAAGGCAGCUCGCCCGAGCCGAAGCUGGAGUCACAGGCCAGCAGCCUCACAGAUCACGAGUACACCGCAGGGGCCAGCACCUUUGGGGUCGCCCAGCCUAACAGGGGAUCGCAGCCGAUGGCACCCGGUGUUUUCCUCACACAGAGGAGACCCUCUUCAUCCUCGCAGAACAAUGCCUCCGCCAAAGGGAAGCGCACGAAGAAGGGGAUGGCCACGGCCAAGCAGCGGCUCGGCAAGAUCCUGAAGAUCCACCGGAAUGGGAAGCUGCUGCUCUAGUGGCUCUGGGGACACUGCCACCCAGCUCUGGGCCCCCACCACAAUAAUCCCUUUAACUUUCAGCGGUCGGACUGUACAGAAUCCUGCUAUAAAUAUUUUUUAAUAUAGAUGUCCUUUCUCAGAGUGCUGAGAGCGACUAGCCGCAAAAAGUUAAUACUAAUCUCGGCCACCGAGGAGUGUGUCGGUCCCCCCGCUCCGGCACCGGCACCGACCCGGCUCCGGGCCUUGGGCCCCCUUCCCGCCCGGCUCCGAGCAGAGCGGGCGGCCGUGGCCGGUGUGGCGGCAGGGUCGGGAGAGCGGGAAGGGGCCGCAAGGCCUCGUGGCGGGCGGGGACCGCGGGGCCGAGGCGCCGGGCUGGGAGGCGGCGGGCGCGUUUCUCAGGCACCCCUCUGCCACCCCGCCGCGUUCCCGGGCCCCCCUUUUCCUAGAAUGUAGCUUGUACAUAGCUUUUGGAAUAACCACCGCCGGGUUUUUAUACGGGGAGGGUCUCUCCGGGCGCCGCCCGCCGGUACCAGCUCUUUGCGUAACUUCUUGUACGAGGAGGGAGACAGUUAUUUUACUAGCACCUUGUGGAGUGUUUCCGUGUUUUGUGACGAUGUAAUUUAUUAAUGUUUGUAGCUUUUUAUAUUUGUACAUUUCUUAUGGGCUUUGUUUAUAUACACACAUUACCGGGGCGCGGCGCCUGCGGGGAACCAGAGCCACCCGCCGCCGUGGCACAGGGCCACCGGGGCCACCGCCAGGGCCACCGGGGCCACCGCCAGGGCCACCAGGGCCGCGCCGGCCUAGGCGUCGCGCCGGCUUUUUUUAUUAUGAUUAUGAUUAUUAUUAUUAGUAUUAUUAUUUUUUCGCGACAUGUACAUUUCUAACAAAGUUUAUCGUGGCUAUCUAUCUAUGACGGUGUUUUAUUUACCGAUUCAUAUCAAAUGCUCUUGUAUCGACUUCACGAAAAUCUUAAGUAAACCUAGAGCAAAGUUUAAAAAAAGAAGGAAAAAAAAGAAAAAAAAAAAAAAGAAAGCAAAGUAAAACUAUUUCAGGUUUUGUACA